GAAACCUCCCCAUCUGAAAAACAUUCUAAUCCCUAUUUGAUGCAUCUCAUAUCAGAGUUCGACAUUGUCUCCUUUCGACUCGCUUUUACCUUAUCCCCUGACUCGACUCAUUCCCGUAUACUCCAUGUCAUGGGGCUAACUCACUUUUGGCUAAACCCAAUGCUCCCCCCCUUGUUUUUUUUUAAUUUACUUUUUCACUUUUCUUACACACUUCAACUUGCCAAACUUGACCUGAUUCGCGAACGCGCGCCGCUCGUGCACGGUGAAUGGCAUUAUGGAACACUCGUGCUCUCUCUGACUUGGACUUGGACUCGGACUCGGACUCGGACUUGUUUUGCGUGUAUGUGGGUGGGUGUAUGUGUGCUGUUGUGGACGUUCCUGGACGGUUUUCCUACUUGUUACAUUUCGUUGUAUCUGAUGCCCACCUCCCCCGCCUUUCCGUAUUUAUUCCGGACUUGGGGGGCAGCCAACCCUCCUUGUUCUCGUAUUGUUUGGACUAUUACUUAUCGCUGUUGGUGUUGCUGCUGCUGCUGUUGCUGAUGUUUCUAUUUUCUGCCGCUGUUGUUGCUGCUGCCGUCGUUGCUUCUGUUCAAGUUGUUGUUGUUGUUGUUGUUCUACUUUUGUGAAGCUCUGGACGUUCUGAACAUUCGUUGUUGUUGCUACUACAUCAAGAUGAUGUUUUUUUACAAUGUUUUCUUAAUUCGAUUAUGCAUGUAUGCAUGGAUACAUGGCUUUCGAUUUCGAUUUCCUUGGGCUUUGUGUUAUUAGCGGUGGAACUUUGAAUUCACGCUGUGACUUUGACCCCCUGAUGUAAAUUUGAUAGUGGGAUGCAGCCCAGCUUGAUAUUAUUGAUCUCGGACAAC